AUGGGCAAACCUCCCCCAGCGAAUGAAAACGAGGAAAAUUCAUCUCCACAGAAUUCUGACAUACAAAGUUUGAUUGACAAUAUGAUUAAAACUCCUUUAAGUCCUGAAAAUGAAAUCAAAUUUAAAAUUCUUCUUAAUACAUGCUCAUAUACAGAUUUAAAUGAAGCUCUAAGUUCUAUUUUAGCAUCUUUAAUACAAUCGUUUCAUGAAAAAGCAAACUUAAAGCAAGGAUCGGACUACAAAUUUUUUAUAUUAAAGCCAUUAUCUGAAAUACGCUAUUCAAUUGACGAAUCAUUAAUGACAGAUGAUAAUAUGAAAACUAUUAAUAGUAUUGUUCCUAAGCUCAGCUUUGAUUCUUUAUAUUAUCUUUCAUUAAUACUAAAAAACACGAUAAUCUCUCCAAAUCUUAAACAAUCAAAACCACUACAAAAAUUUAUGGACGUUUAUUAUGAUUCCAUAGAUAGAUUAUGCAAAUUUUACAUUGAUGAAUUUAAAGAUAAGAAUUACAAGAAAUUACAUAUGCUAAUUCCAAUAUUUGACUCAUUUAUAAAUACAGCAUCCUAUGAUAUUCCGCUUAAAUUCACCGCAAAAGGAAAUUUUUCAAAAAUAAUUCAAUCAAUUCUUUCGAUUGAUCUAGAUCCAGAUGUUUUUCGAACAUACAAAACAUUUCUUUCGCUUAAAAUUAAGUCAUACAGGCUUCUUUCUUAUGAUCCAACAAUUAUUGAUACAAAUUUAAAUGAUUUACUUAUUGAUGCAUCGAAACUCGCAUUAAAGAUAGUUUCUCCAUUAUUGGAUAAGCUAAAUGAACUCCAAACCGUUUUAAUUUUAAUUAUUACGAAAAUUUCGGAAAAAAAGGAAGAAUCAACCGAAAUCAUGCAAUCAGCUCUUUCACAAAUAUAUUCUUUAUUUAAUCACUCUCCACAAUACAGAAUUUUUGCAAUCAAAAUUUUGGAUCAAAUUUGUCAACAAUUUCCUGAUAUAUUUAAAGAUUCAUCAACAUAUGUUCAUUGUAUCAACAAAUUUAUACAAGAUCCUGUAAUUAAUCCAAUGAAACGUUUCAAUAUUUUAGAAAAUUUAAUUGAUGCCAUACAAUUCACAAAUGACAACGAUUAUGUAGCACAUAUGAGUUUUAUACAAGUAUCAAUUGGUUCUUUGAUGAAAAAAUAUUUUAAUAAUUUAAAAAAUUUUGUUGAUCAGAAAACAAUUGAAAACCACAAAGAAAUAUAUGAAUUAUCAGAAGACAUGUAUCAUGCGAUGAUAAUUUAUGAGAAAAUUGUUGUUCCUGAGAAACAAGUUUCAAUAAUUUUGGAUGAAUCAUUCAAAAGUGCUCGAGAAAUCAUGGAUGUUUAUGAAUACAAUCUUAGAUUCAUUACAUUAUAUCAGACAUACAUAAAUUUCUUUUCUAAUUUCACAAAGGACUCAGUUAUUCCAAAUAAUUUUGAUGAUCAAGCGAAAUUAGUUUUAAUUUUAUCAGAAUUGCAAAAACAAUGUGAUAAUUUAGUAAAGAUACUACCAAUACUAUACAAAAACAUGCCAAAACCAAUAAUCGAAGACAUUUUUACAAAUUAUUUUAAUAAUUGUUUUGACGAAGGACUUUUCACGUUAAUUAAGUUUGGAUAUAUGGAAAACAGGGAUUUAUUUGGUGAAAUCUUCAGAGUUUUGAUUGUUGAAUCAUCAGAAAGGAUAUUAAAGAACAACAAUGUCAGAAAACAAUUAAUUUUUAUCAGAAAUUGGGUGAAUUACGUAAUAGAAUGGCAACAAACAAUCAAUACAAAGAUUGUUGCAAAUGAUGUUGAUUAUAUAAUGUAUGCAUGCGUUAUAACUAUUUCUAAUCACACAUAUUUCGAAGAUUCCCUCAAAACAUUACUUUCUAUUUUCAGUUUUCUGACAAUUUUCCAGAUAAAGAACUCUUUUUUGCCUGUACCGACAAAUGUAAGGGAUAUAUUGACUGCCUCCGUUAAUUAUGACAUAUUUAUACCAGAACUAACUGAUUUCUUGAAUCAUGCUUUCAAAGCUGAACCAAAAUAUUUAUGUGACCAAAUGAUUUGUUCAUUUUUAAUUCAAGCUCUUCCAAAAAUGCCUGAACAAAUAUUGUCAAUUUUAG